GCACACACGCGUCCCUUCCCCCAGCACACAGCAGUAACGAGAGGACAGUGAAGCAAGAAGGAAGUGCAGAAAAACAACUCACAAAGCAGCAGCGGGUAAAAAUAGAGCAUCAGAUCCAGCUGCCGAGAGAAGAGAGAGAGACCCGAGAGAAAGCGACAGCACGCAAAUGCGUGAGCCAGGGAGAAAGUGCCAGCGUUCUGCCUAGCAACACACACGGAGCAGUAGAUCUGCACACCAAGCCCCGGCCGUCUCCGUUCCAUCUUCAGGAAUGACUAAUCUGCACAAGGAGGAGCCUUAAAGCUCUUUUUCAGCUCAGAACAUAGCUUGGUGUUUUAGCGGUAAACAAUGUGGACUGAGUCGCGCUGCCAGCACGUGCCGGUGAAAACAAGACACACCCAUGGCGAGGGUAGCGUUUUCUCACGGCUCUGGAUUUCCUGCUGAAAAAAGGAACUUUUCAGGGGAACCAUGCAGUGCAGGCGUCGGCAUUGCUAUGCACGGAUCGCGGCUUUGCUGGCUUUCCUGUUAUGCGUCGUUCUUAUCCUCUUCGUUCGACAAGUCUGGCUGACGAGACUGAAAAGCCACGUCACCGCCGAGCCGACCGUCAUCAAGGAAGCCGAGACCUUUCCUCCACCGACCAGGUUCCUGGCUAACGGCACCCUGGUCUCCGCUCAGCUGGGAUCUAACCGGAGUUUAGCCAAGGAAGAAAAUGCAGAAAGCAUUCUGAAAGUAGAACCCUACAAGUACAUCAUUAACGAGCCGGACAAGUGCAGGAACAAUAAAACUUUCCUAGUGCUGCUGAUCCCGGUCGAGCAGCACAAUUCCGAAGCCAGGAACGCCAUCAGGCAGACAUGGGGCAACGAAAGCAUGGUUGAAGGAAUAGUACGCAUCUUUCUGAUGGGCGUUAAAAACACCACAGGAGUUCCCGGCCAGCACCAGCUACAGCAGCGAUCCCUCAUGGCAGAGAGUCAACAACAUCGCGACAUGAUCCAGCAGGACUACGUUGACUCGUACUACAACCUCACUAUCAAGACACUGAUGGGGAUGCACUGGGUGUCCAGGUACUGCCCCAACACCAAAUAUGUCAUGAAAGCGGACAGCGACAUGUUCGUCAACACUGAGUACCUCAUAGAGAAACUCCUUAAAGCCAACAUUCCCAGGGAAAUGUACUUCACCGGGUAUAUCAUGCGAGGCUACAAGCCCAACCGAAACAAGGACAGCAAGUGGUACAUGUCUCCAGAGCUGUACCCCAGCGGGAGCUACCCCACGUUCUGCUCGGGAACCGGGUACGUCUUCUCCGGUGACAUGGCCAAAAGGAUCUACACCACUUCCCUGAGUAUACGCAGGCUGCACCUGGAGGACGUCUAUGUUGGACUCUGUCUCUCUAAACUGAACAUCGAGCCCAUGCUGCCGCCCAACGAGUUCCUCUUCAACCACUGGAAGGUUUCUUAUUCCAGUUGUAAGUACAGUCAGUUGAUCACCUCACAUGAGUUCCGCCCCAGCGAGUUGCUCAAGUACUGGCAGCACCUUCAGCAAAACAAGGACAGAGCCUGCAAAAUGCCCAAAGGAUAGAGAACGCUAACGUGUACCAACAAAGCGGUGCUUCGUUCUCACAAGAAGUGACGGAGCUUCAGCACUUUUGGUUUACCAAUGGACAGUUUUUUUGGUAGGAAAUGCUGUGUUGUAUCACAAGUACAAUUAAACACUGGUUGUAAGUGCUCUUAUGUGACCAUCCAGAAGACUCCUUUAGUUUCAAUCACUAAAUAUAUACUAAAAGAAAUGAUCACAUUAAAACUAAAUCUCAUCCUCCAUCAGGACCUUCUGAAGAAUCUCAAGUGGUUCCCGAUUUAAUUAGUGUAAAAAUGGCGGGUUUUUAAACCGGUUUACAGGCCCCGCCCCCAUUUCGCUCUGUUUUUCAGGGGACAGAAAGCUGCUUACAGUAAAAAAGUGUCACACUAGUAAAAGGGACGGACGCUGACGGAGGUGAUGUUAUGUUUAGCUGAAAAGAACGAAAAGAAAGGAUCUCAAAACUGUGGCCACAUAUUAAAGCCGAUAUUAAAAGACACAUCUCAGUAA